ACAAGAAAAGAGAGCACAGAAAGUGAAAAAAUGGAAACCUAAACAAAAGGUUAGCAGUUAGUUUUACGAGAAUAUUAUUAUUAAAGGUGUUUAAUGAUAAUGCAAUCUGAAGAAAUAGCGGAAUGAGUUGUUGAACUGACUUGAGAGUCAAUUUAUCGUAUUGGAAUAUCGCAAGAACAGCAAAAACAAUGAUGGAUAUAUGUCGCCUAGUGUCCGAUCAGCCUGACGACAAUCUCAAGAUGGUAGAAAUUGAUUUUCAGGCGCUAUGUCGUAUAUGUGGCGCACUCGGAGAAAAUUUAACUUCGGUGUUCGGAAAGCGCGCGGCAGAUCGGUUACGCGAACGGAUUGGCAAAUACCUGCAGAUUGAUAUUCUGUCCGAGGACUGUUUACCUACCAAAGUAUGCGACGACUGUCGGGAAACAUUAGAUCGGUUCCACGAGCUAUACGAAAAAUGUCACCGAACCGAAGAAAAGUUUCGCACAAUGUUAAGCGCUGCUGAAGAGUUGAAAGAAAUCGAGGAGGACGCUAAAGUGGUUUCUGCGGAUGCAACGGAAGAUGAAGGCGACUUGUUAAACGAUGACGUUCCUUUGGGUUUACAACACAAAGAUGAUGGACAGGACGACCUGUUCGAUAAGAAAGGGGUAUUACUUCGGCACUCCAUCAGCGAAUUGAGCUUAAAUAUACAAGAUCGGGAUUCCAGAGACUACAUAGAAGAUAAUGAUGAUUUCUAUAAAGAAUAUCAAUUUUUAGAACCAAAGUUGGAGCAUGUAGAUAAUGUUAGCUGUUUCAUAUCGAAUUCAAAUCGCGCUUCCGCUAUGCCUCGUGAAACUGUGGUAAUAGACCAGGGAACAAUCGUAAAACAAGAGAAAACUUACUACAAAUGUGCCGACUGUGGCAAACAGAUGAAAUCUCCAUACACGUACCAAGCUCACUUGCGAAUUCACAACGGCGAAAGGCCAUUUAUGUGUCCGCACUGUCAGCAAGCAUUUCGAAUAUCACAGGGGCUCAACCGGCAUGUUCGCGAGGUACAUCAGAAACUUAGAGCAUAUAAAUGUGAAAUUUGCAAAAAGGGCUUCGGAAACAGUCGAAAUUUGAGCCAACAUCGUCUGUUGCAUACUAACGAGCGCACCUAUUCCUGUGACAUUUGCGAGAAAUCUUUCAAACAGAAGGCAAGUCUUUAUCUGCACAAGCGAACGCACGGAGAAAAACGGGAUUUCGUAUGCCCAGUGUGCUCACGUGGAUUCUAUACCCGUGCAAAAUUGCGGCUCCACGAAACCACCCAUUCGGAGGAUUGGAGUCACACCUGCGAUGCGUGUGGUCAGAGUUUUCGCUCGAGACGUAAUUUGGUUCGACACUGGAAGAACCAUUCAACGGGAACACCGUUUCAGUGUGCAAUCUGUGCGAACCGAUUCAAGCAGAAACGUUACCUACUGAAACAUCUCAAGACACAGCACCGGAAAGAAUCCGGUUGAGAUUGUUGAAUCUAUCGACAAAUAAAUGAAUUCUACAUUCGAUUAUCUCUUUAUUUAUUAGAGGAACAAAGAUUGUGACUCACAGAUUAAAUCUAAAUUUAAGAUACUAACAAGAGUUUCGUUAUGCGAAUGAAAAUUAUGAAAAUGAAGUGUCUUUUUCCUUAAGGCUCUACGUAAGGUUCUUGCUUUACCUGACUUCCUUACUGCAUGUCGAUCGCACUCGAUCGCGUCUCCAGAACAUGACCGAAAAACUUUCCAGGAUACUCUUAAGCUAUCUAUGUAUUGCCGACGAUCCCUUUUUUCGAUUCUCUAGUGUGCAUCACGUAGGCCAUUCUGUCUUCUGACACUCUUGCUACGUGCUCAGUCCAUUGUAAUCUGUGGUGUUUUAUUGGUCUUCCGAUGUCAGCUGCUUUGUAAAUUUGAUACAACUCGUGGUUCAUCCGUCUGCACUAUUUCUGUUCUUUACUAACGAGUAUUGAGCGCAGGAUCUUCUCAAACAAGCCGAGUACUCGAAUAUCUGCCUCCUGUACAUGGUAUUUCAUAUACAACAUUUACUCGUCGGUCUUUUGUUAUAACUUCGUCGAAACCUAACAUCAUUAUCGCAUGAGUUUCAAGAUAUAUAAACUCGCAGUUUCUCUUUGAAAAUGUACAAUAUCCUCUUCCACAACACUACGAUCAACACCAAACAUACCAUUUCACACGUGGACCAAUAAAUCCCGUGACUAAUAUAAGAAAACUAAUAUUUCUGGCAAAACUUCAUUCAUAGUCUCCUUCAAGAACAACACUCAGUUUAAUGCUUCUUCAACAUUUCAAUUUCUUGUAGCACAAUUUAUCCUCCGCCUCGAAGUAAGCGUUUGUUUCAAUAAUGACUUCUCUCAUUGGAGUAGAAUCUGUUUUUUUCUUGGAGAAUUUAAUUGAAUCCUGGGAACAGGUAGUAGUCGCUGGGGGCUAUAUCUGGCGAAUAUGGUGUGUGCGGCAGAAAUCCGAAGCCCAAUUUAUGCGCUGGAAAUAAUC